CAAACUCACAAAACUCAAAACCUCUUAAAUCUAUCUCUCUCGAUAUUAUCUAAAACAAAAAUAAAAAUGGAGGGCGGUGUAACGGCGGAACAAGGAACGGUGAAAUUUGCGGCGUGGAUCCGGCGACCGGAAAAUGCUCAUUUAGUAGCGCUGGGGAAGUUGAAACACGGCGAUCUCCCUGCUUCUCUUCAAAUUUUCACUUUCGAUCGUAUUACUAACUCUCUCUCUUCAUCUCCCGAGGCGAGUUAUGAGUUUGAAGAAGGAUGUGAUCCAGUAAGUAUAGCCGUUCAUCCAAGCGGUGAUGAUAUCGUUUGUUCUACUACCAAAGGCGGUUGCAGAUUGUUUCAGUUGUAUGGCCAAGAGAAGAAUAUUAAGAUGGUAACCAAAGACCUAAAGCCUCUCCAGGAGGUGGGACCACAAAAGUGCCUUGCCUUUAGCACAGAUGGAUCCAGAUUUGCUGCCGGAGGGAUGGAUGGGCAUCUCAGAAUACAUGAGUGGCCAAGCAUGCGAGUCAUAGUAGAUGAAUCAAAAGCUCACAAGUCAUUCAAUGAUAUGGACUUCAGCCUAGAUUCGGAGUUCCUAGCUUCAACAUCCACGGAUGGCUCUGCUAGGAUUUGGAAUGCUAAUGAUGGUGUCCCAGUAAACUCUUUGACUCGAAAUUCAGAUGAGAAAAUCGAGCUAUGUCGAUUUUCUAAGGAUGGGACAAAACCGUUUUUGUUUUGCACUGUCCAAAAGGGCAAUAAAUCAAUCACAGUUGUAUGGGACAUCAGUACGUGGAACAGAAUUGGGUUUAAAAGACUUCUUAGAAAGCCUGCUUGCGUGAUGUCAAUCAGCCUGGAUGGGAAGUAUUUAGCUCAGGCAAGUAAAGAUGGUGAUGUGUGUGUAGUAACAGUGAAGAAGAUGGAGGUUUCUCAUUGGAGUAAGAGGCUUCACUUGGGCUCUUCCAUCACCUCCCUGGAUUUCUGUCCCAGUGAAAGGGUUGUUCUUUCCACAUCUAAUGAAUGGGGUGCUAUGGUAACCAAGUUAAAUGUUCCUGCAGAUUGGAAAGAAUGGCAGAUAUAUGCUCUGCUUAUUGGACUAUUUUUAGCAUCUGCAAUCUUGUUCUACAUAUUCUUUGAGGCUUCUGAUUCGUUUUGGAACUUCCCGCUUGGAAAAAACCAACCCACUCGACCAAAGCUUGGUUCUUUUCUAGGAGAUCCUCAAUCUGAUGACAAAAACAUAUGGGGUCCUGUUGACAUGUAAACAUGUGUUACUUGAUCAUACUUAUCUGACUCAAAUGAUUCAUAGAAUGAAAAAUGAGGAAUCACUCAACUUUUAACUUGUAACCGUUUCAGGUAUCUCAUACCCUCGUAGAAUUGUGCACACUUGGUAAAAUGUGAAAACAAAAUAAAAUCGUGUUUGGUAAA